AUGAGUCUCUCUCUCCUCUCUGUCACUUCCUCCCCACCUCUCUCUCUCUAUCUCAUAUCUCUCUAUCUCCUCUCUAUCUCCUCUAUCUCCUUUCCUCUCUCUCUCCUCUCUUGCCCUUCCCCUCUCUCUCUUUAUCUCCUCUCCCCCUCUCUCUCCUUUCUCCCCUCUCUCACCUCUCUCUCUCAUCUCUCUCUCCUCUCUGUCACUUCCUUCCUCUCUCUCUCUCAUCUCUCUCAUCUCUCUCCUCUCUCUCUCUAUCUCCUCUCUCUCUUUCCCUCUAUCUCUCUAUUUCCUCUCUCCUUUCUCUCUCCUCUCUUUCUCACCUCUCUCUCUCUCUCUUGUUUUCCGUCCGAUUUCGUUUUUUUUUUAUUUUUCUUUAUUUUCAGAAUUAUUAUUCCAUCAUUCUCUUUUGGCCAUUUUUAUUUCUUACUUUUUCUUUCUGUUCAAUUUUCUCUUUUUGUCUUUUGUUUUCAUUUUCCUCUGAUUUUUCUUUCGUUUCGUUUUCUUUAUUGCGAUUUUCUCUUUUUCUUCUUUUCAUUUUGCUCUUAUUUUCUUUUUAUUUCUUUAUAUUUUCCUUUUCUUUUGUUUUUUUUCAUUUGUCUCUUCCUUUUUUUUCUUUUCAUUUUCUCUUCUUUUCUUUUCUUCUUCUUUGUAUUUCUUUACAUGUUUUCUUCUUUUCGUUUUUUUAUCUGUCUCUUUUUUUCUUUUCAUUUUUCUUUUUCUUCUUUCUUUUCAUUAUUCUCUUCUUUUCUAUUCGAUUUCCGCUUAAAGUUCUUCUUUUCCUUUUCUCAUUCUUUUUUCUUUCCUUUCUUCCCGUCUUGCUUUUCUUCUCUUUCUCCAUCAUCAAUUAUUUACUUCUUCUUCCUUUUCCUCUUAAUAACACCCGACAUUCACAUUUGUCUCCGACUUCUGAAAUGUUUUACUUCCUCUUUCAUUUGCCUUUGUAUUUUCAUUGAUAACAUUUUACCCAUAAUUCCUUUCAUUUUCUUUUUACUUUUCUUCUCCACAUAUACUUUUGUCGGUAACAUUUUCUCUUUUUCUAGCCAUUUUUUUUAUUACUCUUUCUUUCAGAGUGACCUUCAUUGUAUUUCUUUCCUCCAUUUUCUCGUCUGUUUCCACUUCUUUACUUUUCUCUUUCAUGUAUAUCAUUUUAUGUCAUAUUUUUCUCAUUUCUUUUCCAUUCUUUCCUUCUCUUUUCUCAUCAAUUUACUCCUUCCUUCCAUUUUUCUCUUUCACUUAUAUCCCUUUCUUUCACAUUUUUUCUCUUUUUCCUUCUUUUGUUCCGUUCUUUUCUUCUUUUUCUCAUUUCCUUCCAUUUCUUUCUUUAUCUUUACUUCUCUUUCUUUCUUUUCCGUUUUCUUUUCAUCUCUUUCCCAUUCUCCUUUUCUCCACACUUUUCACUUCUUUCUGGUUUUUUUUCCGCCAUUUUCACUUCUUUUCUUCCUUUUCUCUUCUCCUUCCCCUUCGUCUUCUCCUCCUUCUCUUCUCUUUCCCUUUCUUUCCUUAUGUUUACUUACUUCCGUCCCUUUCUUUUUCACUUUCUUUCCCAUUCUUUCCUCUUUUUCUCAUCACUUUCCAAUUCUUUCUGUUUUUAUCACCAUUUUCCUUUUCUUUCCUUCUUUUUUCUCAUUUUCCCUUUCGUCUCUUCUUUCUUCUCGUUUCUUACCCUUUCUUUUUUUUUUUCCUUUCAGAACAAGCCACAUUCUAUUCACUAUCCUUCCACAAUCGUUUUUGUUUAUUCUCAGAUUUCUUCUUUUCAGCUCUUGA